GUUUUGUUAAUGUUAUUCCAUAUUCUUAGAGUUCUUUAUUUUAGAACACCGAUAACUGUUUCUGAGGUUAUUCCAAUAUAUUAAAAAAAAAACGUUUUACUGUUAUUUUGUCUAGUUCGCUAACAUAAAAUAUUAAAAAAAGCGAACUAAACGAAGUAUAUUUUCGUAGUAUUCAGUAGCAAGAAUCAGCAAAAUGGACUAAAAUUCCAAAAUCACUGAACAAGAUUGGCGAGACGGUCGAUUCACAGCAUUAAUUUUAGUAAGUUACAAGUACUUGCCUCCGUUUUUAACCUACAAAAAAAGGAAUUUUAUGUGGCUUGUUGAUUCCUUCAUUAAAAGGACAGGGCCGCUUAGCAAGUGAUCGAAUCAGUUUCCCUUUACGCAUUAAAGUCCCUAAAAUGGAAAACAAGGCGCAAAAAAUGCCGAAAGUGGCGAAGGUGAAGAACAAGGCUCCCGCGGAAAUACAGAUAACCGCGGAGCAGCUUCUGCGGGAGGCGAAAGAAAGGGAUUUGGAAAUAUUGCCGCCGCCCCCCAAACAAAAAAUUUCGGACCCGGCCGAACUGGCCGAUUACCAGCUCCGAAGGCGAAAGCAAUUCGAAGACAAUAUCAGGAAGAACCGGACCGUGAUCUCUAACUGGAUAAAAUACGCGCAAUGGGAGGAAUCCCAGAAGGAAAUCCAACGGGCGCGGUCGAUUUGGGAGCGGGCUUUGGACGUGGAUCAUCGAAACAUCACGAUAUGGCUGAAGUAUACGGAAAUGGAAAUGAGGAAUCGGCAAGUGAACCACGCAAGAAAUUUAUGGGACCGCGCGGUUACCAUACUACCGAGAGUGAAUCAGUUUUGGUACAAGUACACCUACAUGGAAGAGAUGUUGGAAAACGUGCCGGGUGCGAGAGCGGUCUUCGAACGGUGGAUGGAGUGGCAGCCGGACGAACAAGCCUGGCAAACUUAUAUCAAUUUCGAGUUGCGUUACAAGGAAAUCGAUCGGGCCAGGCAAAUAUACGAGAGGUUUGUUAUAACGCAUCCCGACGUGAAGCACUGGAUCAAAUACGCGCGAUUCGAAGAAAACCACGGGUUUAUACACUCCUCGAGGCAGAUUUACGAGAGAGCGAUUCAGUUCUUCGGCGACGAAUACAUGGACGAGAAGUUGUACAUCGCGUUCGCCAAAUUUGAAGAGAAUCAGAAAGAACACGAUAGAGCGAGGGUUAUUUAUAAGUACGCUCUCGAUCACAUACCCAAGGACCAAACGAAGGAGCUGUAUAAAGCAUACACGAUUCACGAGAAGAAAUAUGGAGACCGGAGCGGUAUCGAGGAGGUGAUCGUAUCGAAACGUAAGUUCCAAUACGAGCAGGAAAUCGCGGAAAACCCGACGAAUUACGACGCGUGGUUCGACUACAUCCGCCUCGUCGAAGGCGAAGGUGACUUGGAGGUCACGCGCGAAACUUACGAGCGGGCCAUCGCGAACGUCCCGCCCACCAAAGACAAAGAGUUUUGGAGGCGGUACAUAUACCUGUGGAUCAACUACGCGUUCUUCGAGGAACUAGAAGCGGCGGAUUACGAGCGCACGCGUCAAGUGUACAAGGCGUGUCUCGAACUGUUGCCCCAUAAAAUCUUCACGUUUUCGAAAAUCUGGCUGCUGUUCGCGAAAUUCGAAAUACGGCGGAAAAAUCUGAGCGCCGCCAGGAAACUGCUCGGCGCUUCCGUCGGGAUGUGCCCCAGGAACAAGCUGUUCCGGGGCUACAUCGACAUCGAGAUCCAGCUGAGGGAGUUUGACAGGUGCAGGAAGCUCUACGAGAAGUUCUUGGAGUUCGGCCCGGAAAAUUGCGUGACGUGGAUGAAAUUCGCUGAACUCGAGACGCUUUUGGGGGACACGGACCGCGCUAGAGCGAUAUACGAGCUCGCCGUCGGCCAGCCCAGGUUAGAUAUGCCCGAGCUGCUGUGGAAAGGGUACUUGGACUUUGAAAUCUCCCAGGAGGAGUUCGAUAACGCGAGACAGUUGUACGAGAGGCUGUUGGAAAGAACGCUGCACGUGAAGUUGUGGCUGUCUUACGCCAAGUUCGAGCUAAAUCAGUAUUCGGAAGACGGUACGAACCUGAGCCUGGCCAGGAGGGUGUUCGAGAGGGGUAACGAAAGUCUCAAAGGCUCGGGCGAAAAGGAGAGUCGCGUAUUGUUGCUGGAAAAUUGGAAAGAGUUCGAGAGUACGCACGGGGACGAAACGACUCAGGCCCAAGUCAACGCUAAGAUGCCCAAACGCAUUAAGAAACGUCAGAAGGUCAUCGACGAGGACGGCGUCGAACAAGGAUGGGAAGAAAUAUUCGACUAUAUAUUUCCCGAAGACGAAGCCGCCCGACCUAACCUCAAACUAUUGGCCGCCGCUAAAAAUUGGAAAAAGAACGUCGUCAGCGACGGCGACGCGGGUGCUGAUCUGGCGCAGUCUGAAGACAGUGGCGGCAUAAGUCUGGAAGGGAGAGUAGAAAGUUGAUUUAACUUACUUUUAAGUCUCGGUUUUUGUAUAUUAUAGGUUUUUAUUUAUAUCGAAUUGUACCAUUUUUUACAAUAAAUAGUAUUAAAACCACAAUUUUCUGUCAUUAUCGGCAUUUUAAUGAAAUGAAUAUAAUACAAACUGGAAUCAUGCCAACA